AUGCAAAAAAGCUGGGCCCCAGUGCAAGCAAAAACUGACCUGAAUAACUCGACGCCUUGGCAGCAUAUUUUGUGCGCGCUUUAUUGCUUCCCGGGGCGAAAGUUUUAUGUUGCAUCGGAGGUUCGUUUUUUUUUGUUUGUUGCUGCCUUUUUGCUUUCCAUAGCUUGAUAAAUUUGUGUGCUUCUUUGCUACGACCCCACCCAUUCUCAAGACCUGUCUUAAACCGAUUGUUGUGCCGUUGCCUUGCUGGAGAACGUCCUUAAGCCAGAGCGAGGCCCUUUCCGUUUUAGCUUUGCUUUCUCUACCCGUACGCAUGUCUCCACCUGCUUUCGUACACUAAUUAUGCUUCAUCUUGUGCUUUGUGUGUGUGUGCUAAUGCGCGCUGCUAACUGAAACGCGAAAGAAGUGGUUGAGCUGCCCAGCUUUCCCCCCAAGCGUUGUAUUUCUUGCGUUCAAAAAGUGCAUAAACACUCCGCACUAACGAUAAAUGCAAGCGGAAAUGUGCGCUUCUCGUUAGGAUGAAGGCUUGUUUUGGCAAAUUAUAUUACCCGUUUUGCAGCACUCAGGAAAUGGAAAUACACUGGAGUGUUUUGGAACGCCGUCUUUUUUAAUUAUCUUUACUAAAGCUAUUAAUUUUAGCCGGAGCACUCGUGUCUUGCUGUACCAGGAAGUAUAAAUCAUCACCGUUUUGCUGGCGGUGUGUGCUUUACAGCGCGCCGUUUCCGUCUAGUGCGAGAUUAUAAUCUGGUGCACUUACAUUCACAUUAAGCGAGCAAUAAACUUCGAACCGCCAAUCCGAACGAUUUAUGGACAGAGCGAGCGAGCGCAGCUUCUGGGGGCCACCGCUGGUGGGGUAAUCACAGGCAGCAGGCACACGCACGGGCUGCAUUCUAAACACAGUAGCACAUACCGAUAUAUGGUGUACAAAUGGGUAUAUCGGUGUCCUACAACUCACCCCAGCUACGGUGUCCCUACGGUGAGACAGAGUACAGCCCUCUUGAGCCGAUAAAAUAUUACACAUUCAUGAACGACACGACAGUGUGUUGGCAGUGUAGAUGCAAAGAGUAAAACAAACACAGCAUGUCUGCAGAUUCGUACGUGGACAACGUACGCCCGAGCAGCAGUGGCGGGAAAGGAAUGAACAAGCAUGUGCCGAUGACGAUUGUUGUUGUGCACAUCAAACAAACGACAACGAAACUUUGAAGAAAUCCCCUUCGUUAAUCACACACUGGCAGCAGCGGUGGUGGUGGUGGCCGCUAACUUUGCACCGGAACGUGUGCGUCAUCCCAAGGGGCUGUUUGGUUUGGUUCUCUCGACAGAAGUAUCGAGAUUCAGUUGGCAAGAUCUUCUCCACCCGAGAGCAGGUCCUGCAAGAAGACCUGCACGCGGCAUUGUGUCCCCAUCGGGCCCGGCAUUUGAACUGUAUUUGAACGUGUGCAUUGCUUUUUUAAUCAUCUCUUCUCUCACCUUCCAGUAUGAUGUGGUGAAUUCAGCGUAGUUCUGCGCAAAUCUCCGUAACGAUCCUCGUAAACACUGAUUGAUCGAUCGAUCGCAAUAUCGUGGUGGGAACUGUGUUUACGUGCUUGUGUGGAUGUGAUGUGUUUCUUUUACAGUGUGACAGAAUAAACGCAUGGUUCCAGCACGGUUUUAUGUCGCACGGUGUUAACGGGUGCAGCCUAGCAGAGCAACCGUGAGAGAAAGCAGAGGAGUGAAACUUCAUAAUCAGCAACCCGUUCCCCAAUCAUCAUCAAUCGCAAUCAUUGCGCUCCUCUGUGGUAAGGCAACUCCAACAAACCCUGCAAACCACCCUGCAUCCGUGCCACCGCAUUCCCCAUCGCUCCUAUCGUUCCCUCAACCCCUUAUCGGCACUCCACCAUCCUUAGGACAGGGUCGACGGCACGAGCGCACCCAGCAUCACCGUCACCAAAACCACCACCAUCACCAGCACCACCAUCACGACGGAUUCUACGUAGCAUACUAACACCCCCCAAAACCGUUUCAAGUUGGAAGGAAAAAUCUUCUCGGCGGUGAACAACUUUCUCACUGCAUCGACCUUCGUCAAAGACAUCAGACAACUGAUCAUGACCCGACAGACAAACAACGACCCUACGACUGCACCGGAGGCGGGACCGAACGCGGGCAAUGAGCAGCAGCAGCAGCAGCAGUACCAUUCCCAUCGUCCCGACUCGACCAGCGGCCACAGUGGCGGCGGUCGGUCGAGUUCCCGCUCCCCGAUCGAUCCGUACCGGCAGGACAGCCUCAAUCAACCGCCCAGCGACUGCUCCAGCCUGGACGGGAACGUGUUCGUCGAGGGUGGUGCGAACGUGCCGCUGCACGGCAAACAGCGCCGCUCGCAGACGACCGAUUCGCUCACGUCCGGCACCAACAUUAGCUACAGCCUAAACAAACGCUUCAUCUCAAAGAACCAGAUGAAGGAGUUCCGGGAGGCGUUCCGGCUGUUCGACAAGGACAACGACGGUUCGAUCACGAAGGAGGAGCUCGGCACGGUGAUGCGCUCGCUCGGGCAGUUUGCCCGGGUCGAGGAGCUGCAGGAGAUGCUGCUCGAGAUUGACGUGGAUGGCGAUGGGAACGUCAGCUUCGAGGAGUUUGUCGACAUCAUGUCCAACAUGACGGACACGGUGGCGGAAACGUCGGCCGACCAGGAGGAGCGCGAGCUGCGCGAUGCGUUCCGGGUGUUCGACAAGCACAACCGGGGCUACAUUACCGCGUCCGAUCUGCGCGCGGUGCUGCAGUGUUUGGGCGAAGAUCUGGACGAGGAAGAGAUCGAGGAUAUGAUCAAGGAGGUGGACGUGGACGGUGACGGGCGGAUCGAUUUCUACGAGUUUGUGCACGCGCUCGGCGAGCCGGAAGAUUCGCAGGAAAACGAUGAGGAUGAUGAGAUCGUUUCCCAGCGCUCCCCGUCGUUCGAUGUGCAAGUUUAAGGUGCCGAGCCGAGGCAGCGUGCCAAAGGACAGGCAAAGCCAAUUUUAUCGAAAAUACUACGGCGGCAGUUUAAGCAACUUAAUCGUAUUUUCGCUUCAUCGUAACAUUUGGAUAGGUGUGAAGGAACGCGCUAGCGUUCAAUGAUACUCCGCAAUUUCAAUGUUCUGCAAAGUGCACACACACACACAAUGGCGAAGAUUACACAAAUUACACCAAUCCACAACAACAACAACAAAACGCACUGUGCUCGCAUAUAACUUAAAAAAGCCAAAUUUUUAAAAGUCUUUUUCCAUCGUAUUUACUGUUUCACAUGAAGAAAGCAAAACCAACAAAAAAAAAACUAAUAAACACAAAAAUAUACACUCGGAUAAAAAUAUAAAAAAAGAAGCAAUUACUACAUACCAUUUGAUAGGAAAUAAGGAGGAGAGAUUAGGUGAAAAAGCACGUUACCGCGCUAGCAAGGAAAGCACGCCCCAAGAUGAUGCAAAACAGAUGUUUCGCGAACUCGAUAACACUUUUUCCGAAAUCGUUUUUCUCCUCUUGCAGCUACCGUUUGCGACCGUGUUGAUGCACUCACUGUGUUCGCCUACUAUGAUAAAUAUGUCUGGUACUGUACACGGACCACUAACGGAAAACAUAUCAACCGCAAGGAUGAUGUUGCUUGCGCACAGCUGUAUGGGAUUGCGCAAAACGUGCUCUAUACAACACGCAAGCCGGUACCGGCGCGCGGCUAAUCUGGUAGCUCUGUUUAAAUGGAAUUUAUUUGAAUCUAGCUUUUCAAGCCAUUUCCUUUCACUGGUUAAUACUGUACAUUUAUCAUUGUUGAACGAUGAGCGUGUGGUCUUAGUGUGGUUGAGUUGGGGGGCGAUUUGCGCCAACGUACACGUGAAUGCGAACUAUUAGCUAAUAGGUAUGGGGACAUUAUUAAAACAUUCAUCUUGUAAGCGAUGCACUUACUUUAUAGGCCAGUUAUGUUCAGUAUUUUUGGACUGUGUAUGCGAAUUUCUUAAGGCUUGUAAAACUCUCUAUGUCAUAAACAGUUGCGUGUAGCACGCGCGAAGUGCUGCAUAACGCAAUGUUUUGCAUUUGCAUCUUGAAGGGUAAAACAUUAAAAAGUUUAAUAUUGUUUCCACAGUUGCUGACGGUAAAAGAUAAAUCAUCAAUAUUCGCAAAUCAAAACUAUACUACGAUAACAUAUUGAAAGAUGCUAUUUAACAUUGCAUUGCAAACACGCAUAAUCACGUACCAAACUUUUGAGGAAAGUCACAAACGUUCGUUACCACAUUUGCCCACGUGUACAAUCUUGAGCGUAACACUAAACAUCAAUAAAUGUUAAGGAAUUUUA